AUGCCAGCUCCUCGUUAUCGUGCAGUGAGAAGUGAUUUUGUUCCAUUUACAGACUUGCCAAAUGAGUCAUGCAGGAAGACAGAGUCAUGCCCUGUAACAAUACUUAUGACUGGGAAUAAUCAGUUCUUUGGAGAAACUGUGGCUGGGAAUUUGUUCUCGAAUUCUAUCUCACUGGAUUCCACGAGCAUCAUGGACAACUUCUCCAAUAAUGUCAUGGGAACAGAAUCCAAAAUUGGAGAAUCAAAAUUUUCCGAUCCUGCUUUCAUGUUCGAUCACAUCUAUGACCAGGCCAGCGCGGAGCAGCUUUCUUGCCGUGAGGAGGAGAGCUCUGCCUUGCUGCAGUUCAAGAAGACCUUUAUUAUUGACAAAUCUGCUUCAAGUUAUGACGGUGCUUAUCCAAAGGUUUUGUCAUGGAAACUAGGUGGAGGAGGAAAUAGCACCUGCUGCUCGUGGGAUGGCGUGGAGUGUGAUGAGAAGACGGGGCAUGUUAUUGGCCUUGAUCUUAGCAGCAGUUAUCUCUACGGCUCUAUCCACUCCAAUAGUAGCCUGUUCCGCCUAGUUCAUCUUCGAAGGUUAAACCUCUCUGACAAUAACUUCAAUUACUCUCAAAUUCCUAGUAGCAUCAGAAAUUUUCCAAGCCUCACUCAGCUUGACCUCUCUGCCUCUGUCUUUUCUGGUCAAGUCCCAUCUGAAGUUUCGCAGUUGUCCAAGUUGACAUCCCUUAAUCUUUGUUGCAAUCUUGGAACAUCUUCCAGUGAGGUAUUGUUGAAACUUCAACCAUCUGAUAUGAGAAGUCUAGUUCAAAAUUUAACUAGUCUAGAAAUUCUUCAGCUUAGUUUCGUUAGCAUAUCUUCAACGGUACCUGAAUCCUUGGCAAAUUUAACAUUUUUGACAUUCCUUGCUCUCAGGGAAUGUGAUCUAGUUGGUGAGUUCCCAGUGAGAAUUUUCAAUCUACCAAACUUAAAAAGUCUUAGUGUUAGAUACAACCAAGAUCUCACUGGAUAUUUUCCUGAAUUUAAUCGAAGUAGUCCUCUUGUCGUACUAAAAGUUGCAUUUACUGGUUUUUACGGAAUAAUACCUUCUUCGAUUGAAAAGCUUAAUUUAUUGCAAGAGUUGGAUGUGGCUCAAUGCAAUUUUUCGGAAGGGUUGGUUCCAUCCGCACUUGGUAAUCUUAGACAACUCACUUAUCUAGACGUUGCAGCAAACAAAUUUGUAGGUUCAAUUCCUGAUUCCUUGGCAAACCUUACCAAAUUGACUGUGUGUAGGAUCAAUUCUAAUCCAUUGACUGGUCCAAUCCCAUCUUGGCUGGGUAACUUUACCAAACUAAUUUACCUAGACCUUUCUUUUAAUAGUUUGAAUGGUUCAAUUCCUACCUCAUUCUCCAAUCUCAUGAAUCUUGAGCUCCUUUAUCUACAUGGAAAUCACCUGAGCGGUGUAGUAAAGUUAGAAAUGUUUCAAAAGCUACAAAAUCUCUAUGAACUCCAACUGAAUUGGAACAAUUUGGAAUUCGUCACCGAAUCCAAAAGUACGAAUACAACUGUUCAACAGUUCACCAUUCUAAGUUUGAGUGCAUGCAACAUAAGAGAGUUCCCAUCUUUCCUGAGAUAUCAAACAAAUUUGGAGCGGUUAGACCUGUCUAGAAACAAACUCCAUGGCCAAGUACCAAAAUGGAUGUGGAACAUAAGCACAGAGACUUUGGUAUACAUGGACAUUUCUGAAAACUUCCUUUCUGACCAACUUCCAAUUUUUCUUCCCUGGGUUAACUUGCUAUGCUUAAGGCUCUCGUCCAACAUGUUUCAUGGACCAGUACCGAUCCCUCCACCAUCCAUGUUAGAAUACAGAGUUCCUGAGAACAACUUUAGUGGAGAAAUCUCGCCGUUGCUUUGCCAUAUGAGUUCUCUUCGGUACCUCGACUUGUCGAAAAAUAACUUGAGUGGCACGCUUCCUCAGUGUCUUGGAAACUUCAGUGAUGGUCUAAUCCUUUUGCUUCUUGGAAGAAACUCCUUUCAUGGUAUUGUUCCACAAUCAUACAGCAACAGAAGCAGUUUGAGGAUGAUUGAUGUUAGCCAUAACCAAUUGCAGGGGAGAUUGCCAAGAUCAUUGGCCAAUUGUCUGAUGCUCGAGUAUCUUGUUCUGUCAAACAACCAGUUCAGUGAUGCUUUUCCCAUUUGGUUGGGGACUCUCCCUGAGUUAAAACUUCUGGCGAUGCGCCAGAAUGCAUUCAAUGGCGUCAUAGGAAAUUCUAGAAAGAAUCUUGAUUUCCCCAAGUUGCGCAUUGUUGACCUGUCUUACAAUAAUUUCACAGGCGAAAUUCCAUCUGUGUUUCCAGACAGUACCGUAAACAACUCAGGCUACAUGCAGACAGACGUAACUUAUAACGCCAACGAUUUCUUGGUAAUAUUCAGUGUAGAUUACUCAAUCACAAUAGCCACUAAAGGUUUGGAUCUAUACUAUUCAAAGAUCCAAGAAGACUUUGCAUCCUUUGAUAUCUCAAGCAACAAUUUUGAAGGUCAGAUUCCAGAGUUCAUUGGGAACCUUACGGAGCUUCACUCCCUCAACAUUUCCAACAACAUUCUCACUGGUUCCAUCCCAUCAUCGCUGGGCAAGUUAACGAAGCUCAAAUCGCUGGACCUUUCACGAAACAAGCUCUCUGGACAGAUCCCCCAACAACUGACGCAGCUUAAUUUUCUUGGAAGCUUAGAUGUGUCUCACAACAACCUCACAGGUCGUAUACCACAAGGAACCCAACUUACUUCAUUCAAUAGUACUUCAUAUGAGGGAAACUCCGGGUUGUGUGGAGAUCCAUUGCCAAGGAAAUGCGGAGAUCCUGAGGCCCCUCAACAGCCAUCCUCAACGGUAGAAGAAAAUGAUUCAGGCUCAGCUGGAACAUUGGAACUUGAUUGGAGAUUUGGUUUGGCUGGAUAUGGAAGUGGGAUGGUGGUGGGAGUGGUUCUUGCGGAUUUCGUGAUCUCCAGAAGGCAUGACUUGUAUGUUAAGAUUGUUGCAAAGAUCAGACUAAAGAUAUGGAAAAGGUAG